CAAUUUAAACCUCCCCAGUUUGAUGCGGGUAGCUCAAAGCCUCCAACCAACUCUCCCUCGUCUUCUCCGCCCCCCUCUGUUCUAUCAACCUUUUCAUCUCUCCCCACUCCAUUCCAUUUCUCUCCCAAUUCAACUCACUCUCUCUCGCCUUUCUCCCAUUCCAUUCCAAUGGCGUCGUCUCCUUUCCUCUCCAAGACCCCAAUUUCCUUCUCCUCCUCCAUCUCCACCUCCCUCCCAUGGCGCCCAUCCCCCUUCUCCUCAUCCUCCUCCACCGCAUUUCGCUCUAAUCCCCGCCGCCGCACCCUUACCGUCCACUCCAAAAUCAGGGAGAUCUUCAUGCCCGCCCUCAGCUCCACCAUGACCGAGGGCAAGAUCGUCUCCUGGGUCAAAUCCGAGGGCGACGUCCUCUCCAAAGGCGAGAGCGUCGUUGUAGUCGAGUCUGACAAAGCCGACAUGGACGUCGAGACCUUCUACGACGGCAUUCUCGCGGCAAUCGUCGUUGGGGAAGGCGAGACCGCCCCCGUCGGCGCCGCCAUCGGGCUUCUCGCUGAGACCGAAGAGGAAGUCGCCGAGGCCAGGGAAAAAGCCAAAUCCCCCUCGUCUGGUCUUGCCGCUUCUUCCUCCCCAGCUGAAGCUGCUGUUACGCCCACUCCUCCUCCUGCUACUGCCACUCCCGCCCCUGCCAUUGCCCAGCCUGCUCCAUCUGCAACUGCUACUUACACUCCCAAAAAGGGCGUGGCCACUCCUUUCGCAAAAAAGCUAGCCAAGCAGCACAAGGUCGACAUUGCCUCCGUGGUGGGCACCGGCCCAUUUGGCCGAAUUACCCCUGCUGACGUGGAGGCGGCUGCCGGAAUUGUCAUGCCCACGAAACCUGUCGCCGCCGAGCCCACUUCGGUGGCCGCUGCUCCACCCAAGCCUUCUGCUGCACCCCCGCCACUGCUUCCCGGGUCAACCGUGGUGCCAUUUACCACAAUGCAGGCCGCCGUCUCGAAGAACAUGGUGGAAAGCCUCUCCGUGCCGAUUUUCCGGGUAGGGUACCCGAUUAACAGCGAUGCCAUCGACGCCCUCUAUGAAAAGGUGAAACCAAAGGGUGUGACAAUGACUGCAUUGUUGGCCAAGGCUGUUGCUAUGGCACUUGCUCAGCACCCAGUUGUGAAUGCGAGCUGCAAAGACGGAAAGAGCUUUUUGUAUAACAGCAGCAUAAACAUUGCUGUUGCUGUGGCAAUCAAUGGAGGACUCAUAACCCCUGUUCUUCAGGAUGCCGAUAAGUUGGAUUUGUAUUUGCUGUCCCAGAAAUGGAAGGAGUUAGUGGAGAAGGCCCGUUCCAAGCAACUUCAGCCCCAUGAGUACAGUACAGGAACUUUCACCUUGUCCAAUUUGGGCAUGUUUGGAGUGGACAAGUUUGAUGCUAUUCUUCCACCAGGCCAGGGGGCUAUCAUGGCUGUUGGAGCUUCACAGCCAACUGUUGUGGCCGAUGCAGAUGGAUUCUUCAGUGUAAAAAGUAAAAUGCUCGUGAACGUAACAGCUGACCACCGGAUUGUUUAUGGUGCUGAUUUGGCUGCCUUCCUUAAGACAUUUGCCAAGAUUGUUGAGAACCCAGAGAGCCUCACAUUGUAGUCGGUGUUUCAGGACUCCCAAGGAUUGAAUGUUUUUGACCAAAAGCCUAUAUUUUUCGUCAGUGACAAAGCGCAGGUGUGUCUUUUGAACGGGGUGCCCAAUUAAGGAACAUGCUCUCGCAUAAUUUAUAGCAUUUUCUGCAUGUGUUGCACUUCAUUUUGUUUUGAACUUUUGAGAAGGAAAUUGUUAUUAACACUCCAAAAAUCUCAUUCUACAAUCCAAAACUUUCUAUAAUAGGAAAGAAAAAUACAGUGUAGAAUGAGAUUUUUGGAGUGCCAAUAACACUUCCCUUUAAGAAUUUGCAUUGCUUUGCCAAUCACGGUUGAGAAAAUUUUGAAACAGGGAAAUAGUAGGGAUUGCUUGGGUGGGAAGUAAAAACCCAUGGCUGUGUUAUUAUAUUCAACAUCUCUAGCAGUAAAUUGAUGUAACUAAUAAAUUUCUGGUAUUGCAGUCUAAAUAAUAGCCUCCUAUAAACAUAA